UGUGCGAUGAACAUUUGGACUACAAAGAUGCUAAGCUACUCUAUCGCUUCCGCAAGGAUGAUGGGACCUUCCCGCUCAACAAGGAAGUCAAGGUGUUCCUGAGAGGACAAAGCAUCUACGAGACGCUGAUCGGCAUGGACAACUCCAUUCUCAAAGUCAGAGAGGAGAACCUGGUCAAAUACCAGAGGACGUUCCUGGGCUGUGAGAUGGUUGACUGGCUGGUUGAGGAAGGGGAGGCCCCAAACCGGAAGGAAGCUGCGGAACUCUGCCAAACUCUCCUAGAACACGGGAUCAUCCAGCACGUCUCCGCUCAGUACCAUUUUUACGACCGAGACCUCCUCUACCAGUUUCGGAUCAAUUUCCGACGAAGGAGGCGACUCACGGAACUGCUCAGCGAAAGUUCGGUCAGGUCACUGUCGGACAGCCCCGACAGCCCCUUCUGUCUGCGGAAGCUGAACCCCGAGCAGAACGCCUCCAGCUUCUUGUCAGUCCAACCUAAUAAGGAAAUCAAAAUUGUCUCGGCGGUCCGAAGAAGUAGUGUAACUUCGCUGGCUGGGGGAUCCAGUCUCUAUUACAACCUCUCCCCAAACCUGGGAAUGGUGCCAGCUAUUGAGUGCAAUCCUAAAUCUGUCUUGAAGAGACCGGUCACCAAUGAGGAGCUUUUGACACCUGGGGCACCUUAUAUCAAAAAAACGCUGACAAUUGUAGGGGAUGCAGUUGGCUGGGGUUUUGUGGUCCGUGGCGGUCAGCCAUGCCACAUCCAGGCUGUAGAUCCAGGAGGACCAGCUGCUGCUGCUGGCAUGAAGGUCUGCCAAUUUGUCUACUCAGUGAAUGGAAUGUAUGUUUUACAUUUGGACUAUCAGACUGUGAGCAACCUCAUUGUGACAGGACCUCGGACUCUUGUGCUCGAAGUUAUGGAAGAAGAUGAAUGAAGUCACCUCCUCCCUGUCUCCCCAACAUUUUGAGAUCAGCACCCACUUUGCCAGCUGUGGAAGAUCCAAUCUAUGUCCCUGAACCUUAAAAACAUUGGGUGGGGUUUUCCUCCUUAUAUCU